AUGAUAGAACUGAUGAGUUGGCUAAAACAUUUGCUCAUUAAGCGGGAUUUGAUUACCAUCUCCGACUGCCUUUGUGAGCAGCCUGAGGGCAGAAUGUGCCGGGAACAGCAAGAAAAUCUCAUAGACUUGAGAGAUGGUAAACCAAGGGAUGGUAAACCAAGAUAUGGUAAACCAAGAAAUGGUAAACCAAUAAAUGGUAAACCAAGUGAUGGUAAACCAAGAGAUGGUAAACCAAGGGAUGGUAAACCAAGAGAUGGUAAACCAAGGGAUGGUAAACCAAGGGAUGGUAAACCAAGAGAUGGUAAACCAAGGGAUGGUAAACCAAGAGAUAGUAAACCAAGUGAUGGUAAACCAAGAGAUGGUAAACCAAGAGAUGGUAAACCAAGAGAUGGUAAACCAAGGGAUGGUAAACCAAGAGAUGGUAAACCAAGAGAUUGUAAACCAAGGGAUGGUAAACCAAGAAAUGGUAAACCAAGGGAUGGUAAACCAAGAGAUGGUAAACCAAGGGAUGGUAAACCAAGGGAUGGUAAACCAAGAGAUAGUAAACCAAGUGAUGGUAAACCAAGAGAUGGUAAACCAAGGGAUGGUAAACCAAGGGUUGGUAAACCAAGAGAUGGUAAAAAGAGACUCUCUCCAGGUAACAUUUAA